UAUAACUUAACACAUUCUUCACAAUCUUGAAUCUUCUGUGAGUUAUAUUAGUCUUCUUCUUUUCAUGUUUAACUCUGUUAGACUGUUACCAUCCUUUUCGUUCUCUUCUCAAACGCACCUUCAACUAAUCCCGCUUUUAAAAAUAAAUUACCUACUUACCUAACCAUAACAAAUGGGAAACGAAGCAGCACUGAGAUCAUCUAUGGUAGGUCUUGCGUUGGUUAUGGUGGUCGUAUGGUUAUGGACACAGUCUUUAAAGAAGACUGUUGUUACUUACGCCGUCGGUAUUUCUCUUAUCGGUGGCAUACUUUUACCUGAUUGGGACUUCUUUGAUCGGAGUUUCUCACGGUGGGGAUACCCUGUCACCGCCGAGGAAAGAGCCGCCGCUCUCGCCCGCAAAUCUCAUCCUUCAAGGUUUAGAGUGUACCCUAUGAGGAUGGUUUUAUACGGCACGGUCUAUGGAUAUGCAAUGUAUAGAUGGUGGAUGUUCGUAUCAAAUUAUUGAAGUCAUCUUGUGUAACUCGUCCAGCUUUGCGUAUGGUUUAUAAUGUUAUUUAGCAUAUGUUUUAGCCUUGUUAAAAUUUCCUUUCAUAGAAUUUAUUUUAACUGCGAAGAGCAUGAAAGACCCACAUGCCUAUUCAAGACAUGCCUAUCCAAUCGAACCAUACUGGUCUCGUUAGAUUGAUGAUUACAAAUUCACAAUCAUUUACCACGUA